UAUAAAUGUAUUGAAAGUUUUGACGCGUACUUCACAAUAUAAUAUGAUAGAUAUGUAUUUUAUAUUCACUCAAUAUAAUUUCAUAUUUAUUUUGUAAAUUUAUCUAUUAUGCACACGGUGAAAAUCGAACAAGGAACUGAAAAUGAUUUGGUAAUCAACUAGGACAAAUGGUAGAAGUAGAUGGAAUAUGGACAUUUACGAUUUCAACAGUUCCGUCCGUCUUGCGAACAUUUAAUACAAUAUCUAUAAUAGUUUCGAUAUGGGCUUAUGUUGUAAUUCGAACAGAAAACUUCCGACAAUUAAUUCGCGCCUGCAUAGCGGACGUUUAUUAUAACGGUGUGUUCAUAUAUUAUUAUAUGGUCAAUAGGCAAUACGAUCAAUGUCAAGUGCGCAGACUUUUGUUCGGGAUCGAUAUUUAUCACAGUGCAUUUCGUACGGAUCGGAGUGUUUAAACAUGAAGUCGAUGACAAUCUUAGUGUUCGUUAUUAUAGCUAUCGUGUCCGGUGAAACGGAAUUAUACCAGUCACAACGAUGGGUUACAAAAAUAUUAUACGAGACACUCGAAAGUUAUGUCCCGGACGGCGGGCCGACGUGUAGACGGGAUGGACAAGCGUACAGCGAAGGAUUGAAGGAUCUCAGGCUAUGGGCAACCCAAAUGUAUGAUGCUUCAGCAAAGUUUCCAACAGGUAUAUUAUCAGGGAAAUCAACGGAUUUCGGUGAUUAUGAUGAAUGCUUGGAAACCAACACAACUAAUUUAGACUUUAAGCCUCAGUACUGUAUUGUAAACAUACGUUUCUCACCAUCUGUUAAGCUAUAUCCAAAUUACUACAAAACUACAUCACUUAAUAUUAUAAACUCAUCUAUAUCUGCAUGGGAAGCAGUAAAGCUAAAUCCUAAUCCGGCAAAGGUUCAGCGUAAUGAAAUCAACACUGCGAUUUGUAUUCCAUCCUCGUGCACUCAUUCAGAUCUACAGUCCACGUUGUCUCCAAAAAUUGUUUCUGCGUUUAAUAGACAUGAAAUCAACACUACCGUUACUGUGGACUCACUAUACUGCACCACGCAACACGAUAAACCACCUAAAACAUUAGGAUUUGUAAUUUUCUGGUGUUUCAUAUUAAUAAUUUUUGUAUUAAUAAUUAUUGGAUCACUACACGAUUCAUAUCCAAAGGAAGAUACUGAAUCUAAAUACAAACCUUUCAUUGUUGCAUUUUCAAUUCAAUCAAGCCUGAAAAAGUUGUUUUACAAUAACACUAAGACUGUGGAAUUUACUGGCUGUAAUUUUCUUAAAAUAAUAGCUUGUCUGAUCGUUUUAUUAGGACACCGGUUGAUGUACAUUAGUGCACAGCCAGUUUAUAAUACUAACAAAAUUGAAGAGACUUUCGAAAUUAUGAUUUAUGGAAUAGUACAUAACGGACCAUUGGUAGUAGAUAUUUUUUUCACCAUUUGUGGAUUCCUAACUUUUAUUAAUAUGUACAAUGAAUUAGUUAAGACGAAACGAUUUAACAUGCCACUUAUUUUAUUUUGGAGAUGGUGCAGACUGAUCCCUCUUUACGGUUUGAUGAUCGCAUUUUAUUCGUUCGUGUUGGUACAUCUCUCGGACGGUCCUUUAUGGAAGCAUAUGGCUGUUAAAGAAUCUGAAAAUUGUCAAAAAAAUUGGUGGACCAACUUACUGUUUGUAAACAAUUACGUCAAUGCCGAUCAACCGUGUAUGAUUCAAUCUUGGUAUAUGGCGUGCGACUUGCAUCUGUGCGCACUUGGCAUACUAAUUGUCUACUUUGUUUGGAAAUAUCCGAAGUGCGAAAGAACUGUACUGAUGAGUGUUAUAGUCAUAUCGUGUUUCAUUUCUGCGUAUGUUGUGUACGAACAUAAAUUUUACCCGACGUUUUUUGGUUUCAUUUCGAACUUAAAAUAUCCACCGAGCCACGAAGUCUUCACGCUGCUGUACAUACCCACGCACACGAGAGCAACGCCUUAUUUCGUAGGAAUGUUCGCCGGUCACGUUUAUCGAAUCACGAAAAUCCGAAAACCCGACUUUCGGUUCCCUUAUCCGACACUGUUUCUGUUGGCGAUCAUCUGUGGCUGUAUAUUAUGGAUGAUGUCCAUAUUCUACUUUUUUGUACACGAAUACAGCGUAUGGGCAAGCGUCUUGUACGCACUCGUGUUUCGUCUGAUCUACUCGGCUGUGAUUUCGGCAUUUAUUGUCGUUUCCGCUGUAAACACUUGUUUCACAGGACCUUGGUCAUUGAUACUCGCACCAUUGGGUAGACUCACGUACGGAGUGUAUUUGGGAGGGUUGUCAAUGCAAUUGUAUCACGUGGCUUCUGCACGCACUCAAAUAUACUUCAAUCAAUUAAUACUUUCAUGGAUUGUAAUCGGUGAUUCAAUUUAUGGAUUUGUCAUUGCAUUCAUCUUGUACUUGUUAAUUGAAAGUCCAUUUGAAAAUCUACUGAAACUAUUAAUCCACAAAAUAAAUGGAGGAAAAUCGAAAACUGAAGAAAGAAUAUCGAAAGCUGUUGAAAUGUUACCACAUACAAUAGAAAGAUAUACCAAAUCACCAGAAUCUGAAGUUGUAAAUAAUUAAAAUUAAAACACACAAUGUUCCUUUAUACUUUAUAGACUGUAAUACCUAUUGUAUUAUUAUUAUUUUUUUUUUGUUUCCUACUUUUAGAGUCCAAAGAGUAUCAUAAUAUGACAAAUGUAAAUUACAAAAUUGUUUAAAAUAUAUAGCAGUAUAAAUUUUAAAUGUAAAUAAUUGUUAAAAAAAAAGGUAAUGAUUACUAGAUCUCCAAUAUAAUUAAAGAUUUUGCUUAAAA